AUGAUAGAAACAUCGCAUUCAGUGUUGUUUGAUCUGUGUGAUUGGCAAAAGCAAGAACGUCAACGGAGACUUCAUAAACGAGGAAACAACGAUCAGAAGUUGUGUGAUAUUGAAACUGCUGAAUCUGAUCCUGAAGGAUUCAAGUCCAAUCAAUUAUUAACCGAUAUCGAUCGAGAGUGGAUUAUAAAACAAACACAAAAUCGGCGAGGAGAACGCAACAGUUUGAGAGAUUAUCUUCGAAAAAAUCAUGAAUUAUUCAUUUUACAAUACACGAUCAAUGUUAAGCGCAAUGAAAUCGAACGUUUGGAAAAAGAUCUACGCAGAGAAGAACAUGCACUAAUCAAAUCGGAGAAGUAUAUUAUGGAAGAUUUAGCUCUGUUUGAUCAAUUUCUCGAUGCAUGGAAUCGGAAUGCAAGCGAUGCUGCUGCUCGUGCUGAUGAAGAAUCGAUGAAAAAAGAAGAAUUAAUCAAUGAAAUUAAACGAUUAGAAAAGACUCUUUUGACCUGUCAAAAUGAUCGCAAUCAUUUGAUCGAUCUCUUGAGACAAUCACGUCGUCAUCAACAAUUUCUCUUCAAAUUCGCACCAGAAGGAUGGCGUAGUCAAAUUCUUAACAGUAUAGAAACAGAACAAACAGAUAAUCGAUCGAUCGAUGCUUUCAAACACACUGCCAACUCAAACAAGGAAUCUAUAUUGAUGAGUCCUGAAGAUUAUUCGCUUUAUUUUACUCAACCCGAUCAAUUACUUGAGAUUUUCACGGAAAUGGAAGAAAAAUCUUUGCCACUCGUUGAGAAGAGUCAACACACAUCGGAAGUUCUCGAUAGAAUUCAUUCAACAACAAUUACUACUCAAACCGAGCAAGAUCAUCAAGUCGAACAACUCCAGUUGAAAAUCAACCAUCUAAAAGAUCUAAUAAAUCAUGAAAUCGAACGGGAAAUUACUUGUAAAAAUCUUUUCACUCAAUACAAGACGAUGAAAGACAAUCCGUUCAAUGAUCAAUUAAAACAAGCGAUCGAACAGCUUUAUAAGAAAUACAUAAUUUCCGAUGAUGUUGGCUUAUCCACUCAUUCUAUGUUACAAGCUGUCGAAAGCAAAAUUCAAAACUUAUUCCAUAUCAUCGAACAGAUGAAUUCUACAGAUAUUGUCGAAGCGGAAAAAUCUCGACAAAUGAUGGUACGAUGGACGCGUCGUCAAGAAAAAGUCCAUCAAGAGAAAUUAGCAAAUGAAACGAAGCAACAGAAAGCACUACUUCGUUCUUCUGCACCACCUUAUGUUAAAGUUGAGGAGGAAAACGUUCUUUCACUGCUUUUAUUCCCUUCAUUUUCAGAUCGGUCGAAUAAUAAUGGAACGAUCACGUCCAUUAGCAAUAAAAAAAUAUUAUAA